UUCAAGCAAAUGGUGAGGAACUGCGUGUGUGUGACGUUGAACAGAAAGAACAGAUGAUAAGUCAGCUGAAACAACAGAUUGAUAUGUUGAAAGAAGAAUUGAAACAAUCAGAGCAUGGAAGAGAAGUGAAGGAGAAGGAAAUAGAGGGUCUGACGUCCGCUCUUGCUACUGCUAGUAGAAUAGCAACUGAGAGAAUCGAACAAUCAAAUGCAGCAGCUGGACACGCUGCUUCUUUGUCUCAAGUCUGUCUUCUUGCCUCCCAAUUAAGACAAACUGCCAGACUUGGUCAACGUGGAGGUUUUUUCCGAAGUUUCUCAGACGUUCCAGUCUUUGUUUUGCACGAGGUCAGUCAAUUGGCUGCUCAGAGACAAUCCGCAUUGGGUGACUAUUUGGGAGUUACCGAAGUAGAUCUAAGCACGAUGCCAACCACUGACAUUCCAUCCGAAAAAAUUCGGAAUAUGAUCGUCUGCUGGAUUAACAAACAAGGCGACGACGCAACACUGGACAAGUUGUUAGAGGUGAUGCAGUUGAUUGGACUGUUGGGUGCACUCAAGUCGCGACUCGCUCAGACAGUGGAGGAUGUUUUGUGAAGGACGAAUUGAUAUUAAUUGUAUGUAAGUUAGCAUCUCGUGUGUAUCAUGUGAGUUAACCUUGUUUGGUUUUCUAUUAAGUUUAGACAUAUAAUUAGUAUUGAAACUGUUUUACCUAAUUAUCAA